AUGAGCUCCACCAAAAUCGAGACCCCGGCCACUGAGAGCCAAGAGCCGGAGUAUAACAACGUCGACCUGGUCCAUUUUGAGCCCCGAAACUACGGUGACUGGCGUGAUGAGUUCCACCAAAACGGCUGCGUUGUGAUCAAGAAAGUCAUCAGCUCCGAGCGUGCGGAGUACUAUCGCGACAAGCAAAUCCAGUGGCUCAAGAACUUCGAGCUUGGCUUUGACGAAAAUGAUGAAAGUACCUGGACUGCAAAGCAUCUGCCAGUGAGCUUCAAGGGAGGCAUGUAUUUUGCCUACGCAGCGCCGCAUGAGAAGAUGGCCUGGGAGGCACGUACUGAGCCUGCUAUUAUCGAAGUCUUCGAAAAACUAUGGGAGACCAAAGAGUUGAUCUCUUCUUUCGACGGGAUGAACAUCUCCAUGCCACGGCGCAAGGAUCUGAACUGGAGCCCUUGGCCUCAUUGCGACCAGAACCAGAACCGCAAAGGGAUGCAAGCCGUGCAAGGCCUUCUGAAUUAUGCGCCCAAUGGCCCCAAUGAUGGCGGUCUUAUGCUGAUGAAAGGCUCGUCGAAGCUAUUUGACGAGUUUUUCAAGCACAAGCGCGAAUCAUUCGACCAUGAGGAUGCCCCUCCCCCUGAAAUCAAGUAUAUGGAUCUGUUCUUGUUCAGCGAGAAGGAUGUGCAAUGGUUCAAAGAUCAGGGGUGUGAGCUGGUCAAGAUAAACAUGGAGCCGGGUGACUUUGUCCUUUGGGAUUCGCGAACUAUGCACUAUGCCUGUUUGCCUGAGGGCGAUCAGAUUCGACACGUCCAGUACAUCUGCAUGACGCCGCGCCGCUUCGCCACGCCAGAAGCAUUGGAGUUGAAGAAACAAUGCUUCGAGAACUUUGUGGGUACAACCCACUGGCCGCACUGCAAUAUUCGACCCACCAAGGAGAAGCCUAUGCGCGAUGGCGAGGUCUGUCCAAAAGAUCGGAGCGAACCAUUCGAGAAACCAGAGUUGACAGAUACGGUACUGAGAUUAGCAGGGGUCAAGGAGUACUAG